AUGACGUCGCCAUUUGUCGAUGACACUGUGGAGCUCGAAGCGAGAAUUUUGAGAGGCGCUCUCAGACGGGUGAGGAUCUUUAGGGACAGACUAAACCCUUUGGCUUUCUCUGAAGAGUAUUUGUAUGAAAAAUAUAGGUUCUCGUCAGAAGGGCUGACAUAUCUGUGUCAGCUCCUCGAGCCAUAUAUUGCUAAUGCCACACAUUGGAGUUGUGCACUUAGUGCUGUAUGUAUUGCUUUGCGUUACUUUGCAACUGGUAGUUUUCUCUAUGCUGUGGGUGAUGUAGAGAACCUCAGCAAUAAUACAGUCUGCAGUGCUAUUCAUAAGGUCGCACAUGCUCUGGUAGGGCUCGCAGAGUCCUUUGUUGUGUUUCCUGACACAUGUCCCACGCAGACGAUCAAAGAGGGAUUUUACAGCAUGGCAGGGUUUCCCAGGGUGCUUGGCUGUAUCGACUGUACACAUAUACCGAUCUCUGCGUGUCUGAGAGAAAAUGAAGGCGACUAUGUAAAUCGCAAAUUAUUCCACAGCCUCAACAUUCAGCAGUGUGACCACAGGUGUCUAAUCACGAGCCUUGAGGCAAAGUGGCCUGGGUCAGUCUAUGACUCAAGGAUUUUUUCUGAGUCUUCACUGUGUCAAACUUUAUCUUCAGGGCUCUUCAGUAGAGUGCUGCUUGGGGACAGGGGUUAUGCCUGCCAGCCUUUUCUGAUGACCCUGUAUCCUGACCCUGGUGAAGGGCCACAAACCAGUUUUAAUGUGGCCUAUGCCAAAACCAGGGUCAGAAUUGAAAUGACCUUUGGGAUACUGAAGGCCCGAUUCACCUGCCUGCGGGGGCUCAGAGUGGCCCCUGAAAGAGCUUGCCACUACAUAACGGCCUGUGUUGUGCUGCAGAACAUUGCCACAAUGAGGAAGGAGAGGGCCCCUCCUGCAAACCCCCAACCUCCUGAUGUGGUAGACCCCAUCACCCUGGACUACCCUACUGGCAGGGCUGUCAGAGAAGCUAUCGCGUUAUUAUUUGCUUAA